GUCAAUAUGGUCGUUCUAUGACUGUAUUGUGUAAUUUUGAUAUCAGCAUUUUAUUUGUGAAAUAAAUUACUAGUUUCAACAAAAAUGUACGAUUACUUCUUUAAGGAAAGCAGUGAUAAUUUUAUCUAAAAUCGAUUCAACGAUAAAGUGAUUGUCAUAGACGAACAUAUUAUACACAUACGCAAUUGCGUUACACAUAAUGUUAUUGAUUGAUAUUUUGAUGACCUUCGUAUCAAUAAAUAAACGGCCGAAUUAUGCUGUAAAAGGUGUGGGAGGCAUAUUACCAUUAAUGAAAUUCUCUAUUGUUUUGGUAACUCUUUUUGCGGUCUGUGAACUGUUACCUUUUACCGUUGGUGCGGAACAUUUGGGAAAUCCUUAUGAAAUAUUAGGCAUUCCAAGGCAUGCAACUUUACGAGAUAUUCGAAAGGCAUAUAAAAAUCUUGUUAAAGAAUGGCAUCCAGACAAAACUGAUCAUCCAGCUGCUGAAAAUAAAUUUGUGGAAAUAACAAAAGCUUAUGAGCUUCUUACAGAUCCUGAAAGAAGGAGAAAAUUCGAUAAUCAUGGGAUAACUGAGGAAGGCUUUCCUAGACAGAGGAGAGAAAGCAGUCAUGUAAAUAUGUUAGAUCCAUUGGAAGAAUUAUUCAGUGGAAAUUUUAAAUUUCAUUAUCAAAAUCGUGAUAUUGCAUUGUUUCAUAAAAUGAGCAUUACUUACAGAUCUUUUGAAAAUGUUAUAGUACCAAAGACUUUUCGGACACCAUAUUUAAUUUUAUUUUAUUCAGAUUGGUGUUUUGCAUGUUUACAAGUUGAACCUACGUGGCGACGUUUAAUCGAUGAAUUAGAACCAUUAGGAGUUGGUUUAGCUACAGCUCAUGCUGAAAAAGAAUCAUCUUUGGCUAGACGACUUGGUAUGCAUACUCUUCCUUGUCUUGUUAUUACGAUGGAUGGACGUACUAGUGUUUACAAAGAAUCGUUAUUUAGCGUUCAGAAAGUUGUUGAGUUUUUACGAAAUAAGUUUCCAUACAAGUUAAUACAAACUGUGAAUACUAACAAUAUAGAUGCUUUUUUAUCCGGUUGGGCAGAUAACAGAAUACGUGCAUUAGUAUUUGAGAAGAGAGAUUCCGCACGUUUGCGUUAUUUGCUCAUGGCAUUUUAUUAUAAAACACGUGUAGCUUUUGGCUUUGUACAGAUUGGAAAAUUAGAAACAGAGGCGAUCACGUCGAAGUAUAAAAUUUCUGGUGACUUAGAUACUUUGUUACUUUUUAAUGAAAAUUUUGAGAAACCUAUGGCAUCUGUUAGUAUGAAAGAUAUACCCACAGAAACAAUGCAUAAUGUAAUAGCAAGUAAUAAGUUCCUUGUUUUACCAAGAUUGUCAAAUCAAGCAGUGUUGGAUUCAGUUUGUCCUCCAGAAUGGCUCAGACCACGAAAACGAUUAUGUGCAGUUUUAAUAUCCCAACAAAAUAGUGCAGUUCAUGAUUUAGCUAGGCACAAAUUUAGAGAAGCAGCACUUGAAUCGUCUUAUAGUACUGAACGAGUUAGGUAUACAUACGUAUUUAAAGAUACACAACCAGAAUUUGUUUCUGCUUUAUCGGCCGGUGAAGGCAGUCCAUUAGAACCAUUAAUGCAUAUUGUUAUUAUAUGGAGGAGAGAUGCAAAUCAUUUAAAAUAUGAAUGGUUAUCUAAGGGAUGGUUUGAAGCAGCUCAAGAUGAAAGUCAAUGGAAUGAAACACGUCAUACUUUAGAGCAAACUAUACAAAGGUUGUUAUGUGCUUCUGAAGCUCUUCCAUACGCAGCUAUAGUAGGAGAGUUAGCAGAUGAACAUGCACAGGGAACUGUAGAUAGACUUAUAGGAAGAGCAUUAUUAGCUGUUGAUUAUAUAUCAGACAGCUUUACAAAAGAACAAAUUUUACCUUUAAUAUCAGUAUUAGCAACUUUGGUAUUGAUUGGUGCGGCAGGUUAUGGAAUGUCAUACCUAGUAAAAUUAGAAGAAGCAAGUGUACAAGCUGAGAAAGCACAGCACAAGGAAAACAUUAAUUCUAAUGUGUCACAACCACAGUUACGAUUACAUGAAUUACGUGCUGAAAAAUAUAAUGGACUUAUUCGCCUUUUGAAGCCAGGCUGUCGAACAAUUAUAUUGCUAGUAGAUGCUCAAAGUAGGUUAAAAUUACUGCCAGCUUUUCACAAAGCCGUGUGGCCUUAUAGAAAAAAUAAAACACUUAUGUUCGGACAUAUGUCAUUAGAAAAAGGUCUUGAUUGGUAUAAGAAACUUCUUUCAUUGACUUUGCCAGAACAAAAGGAACUGAAUAUAAAUGCAAGAAAUUGUGUAGGAACUGUAUUAUCUUUAAAUGGACAUCGUAAAUAUUUCUGUAUGUAUCAUGCUAAACAUCCAGAGAAUAUCAAAGGAAAAGGCUCAAAGCGUAUGGAGAGAAUAACUAAACAACUUAGUCAACGAACCGAUGAUGCAGAGGCAGGUGCAUUUAUUGGUUUUGAUAGUUCCAAUGAAUCUGAUAUUUCUCAAGAUGAAGCAAGUGGAGAUACUGUUUUAUAUCAUGAAAAUCUUCUGGAUGGAUUACCUAUGUGGCUUGAUAGAUUAUUUGAAGGUUUAACACAUCGUUAUUAUAUAAAUUAUUGGCCUGAAUUCACUGCCAAGUAAAUGAAGGCUAAAACGCGUUUUAUAUCCGAAUAUGUCCUUAAUAUAACAAAGUUUACCUAGUCAAAAAAAGUUGAAUGCCAUUGCAAGGUCUGUGAUCAAUGUUAAAUCAGUGUAUACAGAUCAAAUCCUGUAUAAAGAUACACAUGCAUUAACUCCAUAUUAAAUUAAAUAACUAGUUA